AAUAAACUUGAACCACGCGCUUGAAGAUGAGGCCGAAAUGCGCGAUUGCUGAAGGCUCGCCAUUUUUGGGUUCCCCACCCGCGUCAUCUGCGACGUCCGUCGUUGAGGAGGAUCGAGACGACACUCGACGCGCGUCUCUCUUAUCGCUCGGGUUAGCGGACUUCUUAUUUUCGUGAGUGAAGUCGACAAAAAACAGACACCACCAUGGACGCGAUUAAAAAGAAGAUGCAAGCGAUGAAGCUUGAGAAGGACAAUGCGCAGGAUAAAGCGGACACCUGCGAGGGUCAGGCAAAGGAGGCGAAUAUGAGAGCGGAUAAGGUCCUCGAGGAGGUCAACGAUUUGCAGAAGAAAUUAACCCAAGUUGAAGCCGAUCUUGUCGCCAAUAAACAAAACCUGGAACAAGCUAACAAGGAUCUUGAGGAGCGCGAAAAAUCCCUCACAAAUGCUGAAUCUGAAGUCGCGGCUCUUAACAGAAAAGUUCAAUUAAUCGAAGAAGAUUUAGAAAGAUCUGAGGAACGUCUCAACACCGCAUCUGCCAAACUUACCGAAGCAUCUCAAGCUGCUGAUGAAUCCAGCCGUAUGUGCAAAGUAUUGGAAAAUCGUGCUCAACAAGAUGAGGAGAGGAUGGACCAAUUGACGAAUCAAUUAAAAGAAGCUCGUCUUCUCGCUGAAGAUGCCGACGGAAAAUCUGAUGAAGUUGCUCGUAAAUUAGCCUUCGUUGAAGAUGAACUGGAAGUCGCGGAAGACCGUGUCAAAUCUGGAGAGGCAAAAAUCAUGGAGCUCGAGGAGGAACUCAAAGUUGUCGGAAACAGUUUGAAAUCUUUGGAAGUUUCUGAAGAGAAAGCAAACCAAAGAGUUGAGGAAUUCAAAAGACAACUAAAAACAUUGACUGUCAAACUAAAAGAAGCUGAGGCCCGUGCUGAAUUUGCUGAGAAGACUGUUAAGAAACUCCAGAAAGAAGUCGAUAGGCUCGAAGAUGAGCUUGGAAUCAACAAGGACAGAUACAAGUCUUUGGCUGAUGAAAUGGAUUCAACAUUUGCUGAAUUGGCUGGAUACUAGUCAAUUAUUUUGUUUUGAUGACAAAAUUGUCAUCUUUUUUUAAACAAAAAAAAAAGUGUUCGACAUCAACUACUUAAUAAACGUAAAUGAAAAGUCCCAUAUGAGACGGAAAUAUUACAGCUAGAGAUACUUGAUGAACCAAAAAACUAUCGAUCGAGAAAAUUUUAAUGAAGAUAAAAAAGAAACACUUUAUUCACUAUUAUUCAUACCCAGUUUACAUUGUGACUUUAUUACCGGAAACAGAAUUUUCUCUUAUAAGAAAUAUAAUAAUGGUAAUAUAAAUCUAAUUAUAACGUAAUGUACGAAAUGUUAAGCUACGAAAUUUAAUAAAUGGAUGUAACUGUUUUAAAA